UUAAGGUGAGAAAAGAGACAAACAGGAGACAGGAAGCUGAUCUGCAAGGAUUCGGAGUUAUGCUGAAAGGACUUUGAUUUUUUUUUUUUUCCUUUUACAAACGCUGGCAAUUGACAUCACUACAGACAGCCUGGUAGGGAACAAACUGCCUCAUCCCAAGUGGACUCUGGCAGCUGGGGGAAGGCAGACAAGAUCUGGGGAAGCUGUGUGGAUUUUUCCCCCUACCGGUCCCCAUCGCCUUUUUUUUUUUUUUUUGGUGUGUUUCUUUUUUAUAUUCUGGCUGUGUUGGAAGUAGCGAGUGGUGGAAAACAGGAAUCUCGGAAGCCUCAUCAGUCAUCGGGACUGUCAGGAAUAGUGGUUUAAGAGGAAGCUCGGCCUGGGGCACCAUACCCUGUCAUCCAGUUCCCUGCCUCGGAGAUAAAGAUUCCAGCUACAUGGGCAAACGCCUGGAUCAGCCACAAAUGUACCCCCAGUACACUUACUACUAUCCUCAUUAUCUCCAAACCAAGCAGUCCUAUGCACCAGCUCCCCACCCCAUGGCUCCUCCCAGCCCCAGCACAAACAGCAGCAGCAACAACAGCAGCAGCAACAGCAGCGGGGAACAGUUGAGUAAAACCAACCUGUACAUUCGAGGCCUUCCACCAGGCACCACUGACCAGGACCUAAUCAAGCUGUGCCAACCGUAUGGAAAAAUUGUAUCUACAAAGGCAAUUCUUGACAAAAACACAAAUCAGUGCAAAGGCUAUGGUUUUGUGGAUUUUGACAGUCCUGCAGCUGCCCAGAAAGCAGUAGCAUCUCUCAAGGCAAAUGGCGUGCAGGCACAGAUGGCCAAGCAACAAGAACAAGACCCAACAAACCUUUACAUCUCAAAUCUCCCCAUUUCUAUGGAUGAACAGGAACUUGAGAAUAUGCUGAAACCCUUCGGACAUGUCAUUUCCACAAGAAUACUGAGAGAUGCUAAUGGAGUCAGCAGAGGCGUUGGUUUUGCCAGAAUGGAGUCUACUGAAAAAUGUGAAGUGGUAAUUCAACAUUUUAAUGGAAAAUAUCUGAAAACACCACCUGGCAUCCCAGCCCCUAGUGAGCCUUUACUGUGCAAAUUCGCUGAUGGAGGACAAAAGAAGAGACAGAAUCAAAGCAAAUACACCCAGAAUGGAAGGCCGUGGCCCAGGGAAGGAGAGGCUGGCAUGGCUCUGACCUAUGACCCCACAGCUGCCAUACAGAAUGGAUUUUAUUCUUCACCGUACAGUAUUGCAACCAACCGCAUGAUUCCACAGACAUCUAUCACGCCAUUCAUUGCUGCUUCCCCUGUCUCCACAUACCAGGUCCAGAGUACUUCAUGGAUGCCUCAUCCGCCAUACGUUAUGCAACCAACAGGUGCUGUGAUCACGCCGACGAUGGACCAUCCCAUGUCCAUGCAGCCAGCAAACAUGAUGGGUCCCCUGACACAACAGAUGAACCACCUUUCGUUGGGCACAACAGGAACGAUUCAGUCCCAAGACAGGAUUAUGAUACUCCACCAGCUGUUGUGUCAGUAUAUGACUGCUGCUGCUCCUAUGCAAGGGACCUACAUUCCCCAGUACACGCCUGUGCCUCCGACAGCUGUUUCUAUUGAAGGUGUUGUUGCUGAUACCUCUCCCCAGACAGUGGCACCUUCAUCGCAGGACACCAGUGGUCAGCAGCAACAGAUAGCAGUGGACACAUCCAAUGAACAUGCAUCUGCAUAUUCUUACCAACAGUCUAAACCAUAAACAAGACUGAAGAAUGUCCGUCCGAAACUUUGCCUUGAAUGAAGAAACUUCAUUGAACAAGAAGUUGGCUUCCAGUUUGCACAGGCGUCAAUGGAAUGCUUUCUUUUUUUUUUUAAUUUUGUACUUUACCCAAUGGAAACAACGCGUUUUGUGUGCUGUGCAAAUGGGUCCUUCAUGUGGUCUGACAGUUUAUUUUUUGCCAUCAUUUUUUUAUUACAGCAAAAAGAAAUCCCAGAAGAGGAAAAAUGAAAACAAAACAAAACAUGGAAGGUUGACAUUUUAUCUGGAAGAACAUUUGAAUUCAGAAUUGACCUGAAGGUGUAGAUAGAUUUUUUUUAACAAAAAAUCUGAUGUCAAGAGGUGGACAAGCAGAAAUGGAAACAAAUUGUCUUCCUCGUAAUUAAGCUACUCUUUCUUUUUUUUCUUUCUUGUUUAAAUGUGGAUUGUUUUUUUAAUUUUUUUUCUUAGAAAUAUUUAGGUAAGAUUUAUCUUGAAUCUUAAUUGCCUUAAUUUUAAGGACGUCAAAGGCUCUCGAGGCAAGCUGUCAACGUCUUGUUAAAAAAAUCAAGAAAGAAUUGAAAUAUUGUGCCAGCUUUAACUGGUACAGAAGCUUAAGACUAUGAGUUUUUAGGGUGACAAAAAAACUGUACAGUUUAAAAGAAAAUGUUUUUCUUCAUUUGAAGAAAAUUUGUUGAUAAAAGAAACCAUGGCAACUGCAAGAAUUGGCAAAAUGCUGGGACUUUUCUUGAACUUUGUCUUAAGUGUUGAACCAUUUGGAAGGCUAAAACAUUUUAUGGUAAAGUUAUUAAGGUUGGUUUAAAAACAACUGCAUUAGAAAUAAUGCGUGUUUGGGGGCAGAAUGCAGAAUUUUUUUAAUUUACAAAGCGUGAUUGCUAGCAAAAGCAUUAGUGCUUUUUAUCUGCAGUCUUUUUUAUGAGCUUUACAAAGUUUUUAGUCAGCUUUGCUUGUCACAUUGCAAAACCUAGCUUAAAAGCAUUAAAAAAAAAACUUAAGUAGAUAGGAGCUUAUGGUCAAAAGUGCAAAACAAAACAAAACAAACAAAAAAACAAAAAAAGCAAUAGAUAGAGAAAUUGUUGACAAUUUCUGUAGUCUUUCCUAGUUGUGAUCAAAUUCAGCCUAUGGAUGGCCUAUUUUAUACCAAAGAUGAAGCGGCACCCUGUUGCAGUCCGGAAGAUAGAGGUUGUUUUUCUUUACUUUUCUUUAAAAAAUUUUAUUUGACCUUACAUGGCCGGACCAGUUCUUAUUUUGUUGUUUGUUUAAACUACCUUCCACUGGUAUUUUACAUACUGCAAAAAAAUUUUUUUUGUAUAUUUGUGGACAGGAGAAGCUCGCACCUGCUGUGCCCAGCAGUUUCAGCGUGAAGAGUUCUGGAAACCAACUGCUAGAGCCGACUGGCUUUCCAUUCCAUGAGCUUUUCCAGUUCUUUGCUAGCUGUCUGGAAUAGUGAAACCUGUAUUGAUGGCCACCAAUAAGCUGAGACACUUUUUUAACAGGUUGAAAUUUCUUUUUUUGUGAAUUUUGAACUAAAGGCACUUCCUGAACCUGGUCUGAAGGGUCACUUGUUAAAAAAAAAAAAAGCGUAGUGAUAUUGUGUUAAAUGGUGAGUGGUUUCCUGAAAAGACCUCAUUGUAUUUGUAACAAUAGUCUUCCUUCUAAAUUCCAACACCUCUUGAUUUUGUCUUUGCACCUUAGUCUUGGUUGUGACCCACCAUGAAUAGUCACCUUGAUUCCACAGUGGGGAAGGGAGGUCUUUUUGCCUUUUUUCACUGUACUUUCAUAUCCUGGUGUUGUCAGAAGAAAGACAAAAUAGACCUUAUUAUUUCAAUUUAACUCUCUGAGGGAAGUAGAACCAAUAAGAUUGAGGAUUCUGUUAGUGGAAUUUAGGUAAGCUUUUGAAAUGCUAGUUGACAAUCAAGAAAUUAUAUGAUUGAUAUUAAUAAGAACCAAAACAAUUAGGUUUGAUCAAUCAUUAAAGCCAAAGGGAUAUAUUUGCAUUGAGGAAGAUGCAAAAUUGUGUCUAAAAUGAAUUAUAUUGAUGUAACAAACAUCUCCGCAUAUUUGGUUCAUGAAAUCCGUAUCCAACCUGUACAGUUUCACUUGAAACAAAAGGCAAUGAAACGUUAUUCACUGAACUAGACCCUAAAAUUGCUUUCUUAAUGAAUCAUUAGAAUCAAAGAAGGGAAAUUCUUUUCACAAACUGUCAGAGGAACCUGUUUUACUUAGUCCAGAAAAGGGAGUGAAAUGCACCAAGUUCACUGUAAAAGAAAGCAGAGUAGACUUUUAAAAACUUUUUUAAAAUUUAAAAGAUAAAUCAUAGUUCCAUUAGAUCAACAGGAGUCAUGAGUUUGACUUGUAUAGAAGUUUCAAUAUUUCACCAUUUAUGACAUACCAACAAAAGCUGAGUGCUGAAAUAGACCUGGUUCUCUUAUUUGCAACAUCAUGUACUGAGAACUCAAAUCUUGAGAAAGACUCCAUAUCUUUAUGGUCAAAUUAGAGGUGAAAAACAUAUCCAAGAAAUUGCAGCAUGCUACAGAGAAAUGUGAACCGGUCACACCCAUCCUUAUGGUUUUCCAUGCUUUCGUGAGAAUCCAAGGUUUCUACUUUUUUCUGUUCCAUCCUUCAGCCUCUCUGGUAUCUUAAGGGUGGUGCUUCAGUUUUAUCUUUGAGAAGUGGGCCCCCAAAUUUCAGGGGGUGAGGCAAACAUGUAUGGAAACUGUAUUUUCUGUCUCUUUUUUUCACUCUCUGCACUCUGUGUAUAAAUAAGGAUUAUCCUGGGCAUAAUUCAUUUGAAUAUGAAACCAACACGUUUUCUUUUGUUUCUAUAAAAAAAAACUUAAAUGUGAUACAAAGAAAGUCUCAUUUAUACAAUCAGUGAUGAGGCUAAGAGGUAGCUACCAUGUGGCUGAUGAAUGUGCCUAGGUAACUUCCUGUUUUUAUUCAAAACUACUGCUUUAUUUAUACAUUCAGAAACAUUUUUUUCAACUAUGAAAUUUCAAUGAUCUCAAUUUUUUUAAGCCACGUCAGGCAAAAGGAAAUUACCUGUCAGUUUAUGUAUCCAUGUGUGUUUUGUGUUUGGACUUUUUGCAUCCUGCCAUUCUAUACAAUGUCUUAUUUCAAAUCGAAAAGAAAAAAAAGAAGGAAAAAAAUGGCACAUGUUCAAGUUCGCAUCUGUCAUCUUCCCUGAUUAAUCAUUGUUUCUAAAAGUCAUGUCUUGGGGGGAAAAGCAUCAGCAGGUAAGCAGCAUUACACUGUAUGAAAAAUAAAAACAAACCAAAAUAUGUGUUCAAUAUAUGCAGACAUCAGAAUCCUAUUUUGGUUAUUUUAAUCCUCUUUAGGAUGAUAUACAUUUGGUUUAAGUAUUCUGGUCCACCAGGUUUUCAAGCCUGUGCUCAAGUGUUCAAUUUUUCCUUUCAACUUCAAUUGCCAAGAUUUCACCUAAAGCACAGGAAACAAACUAAAGCCAGAAUCCAAGUGGGAUAAACACUAUCUCACCCAGACUCUAGUGACUCUAGUGGUCAGUGGAGGAGUGCGGUGAUUUUAAGUAAUGAUAAGAGACGGUCAGGGGUGGAAAAGUGUGCCCGGCGACUGGGGGCUCCUCAUGCAAGGCCCUGACUCCAGGAGACGUUAUGGCCGCAAGUGAACUAAUUAUAAUACGAGCAGGGGCUGGUGACUCUUUGCCUUUGUACACUGGCAUGUCUUGAAUAUUGCAAGUGGCAUAAUAUUCUUUUAAAAACCCC